AUGGCGAGAAGGUCUUGCAAGCUCCUCCUCGCUCUCCUUGUCAUCGCAGCAAUGGCGGCGUCUCCUCUAGCUCUCGCGUACGACCCGAGCCCUCUCCAGGACUUCUGCGUCGCCGACACCGCCUCCUUCGUGUUCGCGAACAGGCUGGUGUGCAAGGACCCAGCGGCCAGAUGUACGUCGGCUUCCUCCACCGAUGGCACGCUCUUCGCCAUGUUCCUCUCGAAGGGCAACGUCUUCGUCUUCCCUAAGGGCCUUGUCCACUUCGAGUUCAACUGCUGCGCCAGCCUCGCCGUCGGCAUCGUCGGGCUCAGCAGCCAGAACCCCGGGCUCAUCCGCGUCGCUGACUCGCUCUUCGGCGCCACCCCCGCCAUCACCGAUGAGGUGCUCGCCAAGGCAUUCAAGAUCGCCGCCGCCACCGUGCAGAGGAUUAAGGCGUAG